GCAGCGGUGGGGCGCGGGCCGCGGCACCGGGCCGGGUCCGGCCCCUGUUGGCGAAGAGGGGUGGGCCUGACCUUGCCUGCGGGUGAAUCCGGUCACGAAACUUGAACUGAAAAGCCUGAUUUCAGUAGCCAUGGGUCUGUCUGCAUCCGCCCCAGCAGCCACAGCUCAGUCAGCAGCCGAGCCAUCCAAACAGCACCAGGCAGCCUCUCCACCUUCAGAAUGCCCCAUGCAUCAGGAGAAAAUGAGAGGUUGUCCGAUGCACAUGAAGACUUCUGACCGUAGGGCUGAGAACACAGACAAUGUUCCUGCACAUCAGGAAAGAGCAUAUGAAUAUGUAGCGUGUCCUGUGAAGUCUGGGACAUCUCAAGCAAACAAUGACAUAGAUCCUAGCAAUAUGAUGCCUCCUCCUAAUCAGUUGCCAUCUCCAGAUCAACCAUUUCCAUUGUCAACUGUUAGAGAAGAAUCUUCCAUUCCUAGGGCACACUCUGACAAGAAAUGGGUCUAUCCUUCAGAGCAGAUGUUUUGGAAUGCUAUGCUAAGAAAAGGGUGGAGGUGGAAAGAUGAUGACAUAACAAGUGAAGAUAUGACUAACAUCAUUAAGAUUCACAAUCAAAAUAAUGAACAAGCUUGGAAGGAGAUUUUGAAGUGGGAAGCUCUUCAUGCUAUGGAAUGUCCGUGUGGACCGUCCCUGAUGCGGUUUGGAGGCAAAGCGAAGGAGUAUUCACCAAGAGCCAGAAUACGUUCAUGGAUGGGAUAUGAACUUCCCUUUGACAGACAUGAUUGGAUUGUUGACCGAUGUGGGAAAGAAGUGCGGUAUGUUAUCGAUUACUAUGACGGUGGUGCAGUGGAUAAGAACUACCAGUUCACUAUCCUGGAUGUUCGUCCUGCGUUUGAUUCUCUGUCGGCUGUGUGGGACAGGAUGAAGGUAGCCUGGUGGCGUUGGACUUCCUAACUACUCCUGUUAUGUGUGAUCUAAAGUAAACCACUUGCCUCUGUGGUUUGAGGGUGUGUGGACAGUAGGACGUGAAAUAGAAGUUGAGUAAAGCUGUGAUUAUUUUCAUCACCACUGUUCUUUGGGGGGGGCAUGACCAGGGUGAAGAAAUGCAUUGUUAAGUAUACCAAUGCUUUAUGAUACUGUAAAUUAUAUAAUAAAAGUACAGAAGCAAAAACAUGUAUCUUAAUUUUCUUAAGACCUGGGAAAUCUUUUAUUGUUACAAAUCUUGCAUAAGAUUUCCUUCUUUCAUUUCAUGCCUUUGGUGCUGUACCAAAUACAUUAGGCUUCUGGUUCUGACUGUGGUUUUGAACACUUAAAAAAUUGUGAAAACUGGAAGUUUCGUGAAUGGUUGCCCUUAGUUACAGUAUCAGCAUACUGAGAUGAUAAAGCAUAAAAGUUGUGGGCUGUUACAAACUGCAUGUUUUACUAAGCAUUGAAGCUAUAUGCUUGUUUUUACGUGGGCACUUUACCUGUUUAAAUGUGUUUCCUCAGAAAAUUUUGGUCAAAUCUAUUCUUUUAAAGAAAUAGAGCAUUGCAGUGUGAGUAUUUCUAAAAGUGUGUUCAGUUGAAAAUGUGGAGAGUAUAUUUAAGCCUUAAUUUGCAGUUUAUCUUUGAACAGAAGAACAGCUGAUUGUUACAGGCAGGAAAAGAGUGUGUUGGCUUCUCUUAAAGCAACACUUCUCAAAAGAGAUAAGGUUGGUCUCUAAUGAGUAUUUAUUUAAUCAUUUAAAAAGUUUGUUUUCUGAUGUAAGAAAAUUGUAUUCUUUUUGCUGCACUUGUGUGUUUUUCUGUCUUUAUUGUGUCUUCUCAUGUAUUCAGGACAGAAACUUUAUUUAAAGAAUGUGUCUGGCACUGCAUCUGGAUUUUGCAUCUUAGUUUCAUCACCUGUAGUGUAGUAUUUCUUAAUUCUUCUUAAAAUAUGUAACAGUUGCACAGAGGUGUAUGACUACGGAGUCAUAGCACGUUCCUUCAUAGCAAUGAUAGUGAGGUGUGGUACAGAUGCGUGUAUAACUUGACUAAAAGGGUAUCCAAAGUGCAAGUAAAUACUUUGCAAGUAAGCAAGGUUGAGUUGAGUGUUUUUUGAGAGUGAUGCUUGUUAAUUCUUUGUGGAUGUUUGUGUUUAAUAAGGAAAAUAAUUUUUUUUUCCCUUUUUUUAAAGUCUUAUACUGUAAUAGCUUUAAAUUUGCAUGGCUUGGUAAAUUUCAGUUGCCGCAUACCUGAAAUUACAUUACUCCUCCAUUUCAGCAUACAGUACUGUUGAGGAUAACUCCUCUGUGCAAAAGACUUGAGAACAGAAAGAAUAACCAAAUACCACAUUGUAGUUUCUCAAGUCAGAGUUUCUUCGUGUAACUUUAACUGGCAACCAGUUGUACCUUAAUUCUCUGAAAGUGGUUAUUUUUCACUGAUAACAGAAGCUUCUUUUUGUUUUCUCUCAAGGGGAGAACACCUUAGUACUUCACUAAAGUAACUCUUCUCAAUUAAGAAAAUAGGUAGGAAAUCUUCCGUAAUUCAUGGUACUAAUGGAGACUAAUCACUACCACUUCAUAGGCAACUAUCUGAAGGGUCAGAAUAAAACUUACCCAGAAGUCCAGAAUCCUAAGAAAUAACUCCUACUUUUACCUGUUUUCAAUUUCCCUAUUACUUUUCCCUUUUUUUCAGCAAUUCAUACGUGUGUCUGUAUAUUAAUAAGAACAGUUUUGAGCAAGAAAACCCAAGCCUCAGUCUGAGUAGGCAGUAUAUAUGCAAGAUAUAAGAAGUGUGUGAUCUAUGAAGUAUUGUGUCUGACAGUCAAAGAGCUACUUCUUUCAGUUCUAAUAGAAAAGGCAGAAGAUUGCUGCUUUUUGAGGUGGGCUUUUUGAGUUGUAUGUACGUGCUUGGUAACUUGAUCUACGCACAAUGGAGAGUGCUUUGGAAGCUUCAAAAUGACCAGUCUGCACUGUUGGUUUUGGAAACUUGACAUUAAGUGUGUUAUGAAAACUGUAAUUGCUACUAAAUCUGGGAGAAGAUGUUUCAUGCUGCUCCAUGAGUUUACUGUCUUCUGUUUCAUCUUUCCUAGAUUCAGAAUUGUUCUUUUCUGUGCUGUUUUGUCAUUCAAACAAAAAGGAGACUCAAAUAAAUAUACUUUUCUUAA